AUGGAAGGAACAAAAGAGAAUUCAGCGUUAAAAUGUAUUCCUGAAAGACUGACACUCGGCAUCACUGGAAUCCUCGAGAAUAUGCCUGGUGUUACAGAUGUGCGGCUCGCAGAGAGAGAACCUGCUGAGAAAAGGAAUCUACUGUCAUGGGAACAGAAGAACAAUUGCAUAUUACCAGAAGACUUGCGAGAUUUUUAUUUGACAACAGAUGGUUUCACACUUACAUGGAACGUCAAACUAGAGAAUGAAUGUUUCCCUUUAGGAUGCAUGACAAUUAACAGUGUGGGCAGGUUGCAGCCUCUUCACCAGCCAACACCAGUUUUCUCUCUUCCAAAUGCACCAUCACUGGCUGACCUAGACUGGGAGGAGAACAGUGCCGAAUGUGGGUUGGCAAAUGCUACUACUCUUCCACAUUUUGAUUCACGGAGCCGCAUCUUUGAGUUGGAUUCAUGUGAUGGAAAUGGCAAGGUGUGCUUGGUAUAUAAAAACACCACAACAGGUGUGGUUGCCCAACAGAGUGAAAUAUGGUUUCUUGACUUCUCGCUUUGCUGGCAUUUCUUAACUGCAACCUUUUCUUCCUACUACCGCCUCAUGAUCACUCACCUGGGCCUUCCUGAGUGGCAGUAUUCCUUUACACCAUAUGGCCCUAGUCCGCAAGCCAAGCAAUGGGCAUCACUGUACCAGCCCCUGACCUUCAGAAGUGAGCUCAGCCUGACUCAUUCUGCUGGAGACUCUAUCCUAAACAAGUUGGAUCCCACAAAGGCUUUUAAAGCCAAAGCCAAGGUUGCCACCCCUAAGAAGAAGCCAUCCAUUCCCUGCAGCCAAACGAGUAAUGCCAAAAGCCAAAACAGCAGUGGAAAACCUGGCGUGGCAAAACGAUAA